AUGGAACAGUUGGGCAGUCGAAAUUUAGAUCCUCUUGCAGUCGGCAGAGUUAUUGGAGACGUUCUUGAUGAAUUCACUAAGUCCGUUAGCCUCAAAGUGAGCUAUAGCAGCAAGGAAGUCAGCAAUGGUGUUGAGCUCAAGCCCUCUCAAGUUGCAAAUCAACCUAGGGUUGAUAUUGGUGGCACUGAUCUCAGAGAAUUCUACACUUUGGUGAUGGUGGAUCCUGAUGCUCCAAGCCCAAGUGUUCCCAGUUUGAGGGAGUACUUGCAUUGGAUGGUGAGUGAUAUUCCAGCAACUACAGGAGCAACCUUUGGGAAAGAGCUGUUGUGUUAUGAGAGUCCACGGCCGACGGUGGGGAUUCACAGGUUUGUUUUUGUGUUGUUUCGGCAACUGGGAAGGCAGACUGUGUAUGCACCGGAGUUGCGUCAGAAUUUCAGCACCAAAGACUUCGCCGAGCUUUACAAUCUGGGAGCUCCGGUGGCUGCUGUUUACUUCAAUUGCCAGAAGGCGACUGGCUCCGGAGGAAGGAGAAUAUGA